CGUCACCCCAGCACCCUCGGUUAAAUUAGCCUGACUAACGGGGACCGCCGCUAAGCUAGCACGUUAGCAUCUGGUUUUAUGCGCGCAGUUGCGUGAAUUCUGUUUCGUACUUUACACCGUGAACGAUGGCCGGCAGCGCGGGAGAAUGGUGCCUGAUGGAGAGCGACCCCGGGGUGUUCACCGAGCUCAUCAAAGGUUUCGGCUGCAAAGGCUCCCAGGUGGAGGAGAUCUGGAGCAUGGAGCCGGAGAACUUUGACAACCUGAAACCAGUUCACGGCCUGAUCUUCCUGUUCAAGUGGCAGCCGGGCGAAGAGCCGGCAGGCUCCAUUGUCCAGGACUCGAGACUCGACCAAAUCUUCUUUGCAAAACAGGUCAUCAACAACGCUUGUGCGACGCAGGCGAUUGUCAGCGUUCUGCUCAACUGCUCCCACUCCGACAUGCUGCUCGGAGACACACUGACAGAGUUCAGAGAGUUCUCACAGAGUUUCGACGCUGCUAUGAAAGGUUUGGCUCUCAGCAACUCUGAAGUGAUCCGACAAGUUCACAACAGCUUUGCCAGACAGCAAAUGUUUGAAUUCGAUGCGAAGCCGUCAGCGAAGGACGAGGACGCCUUCCACUUCGUGAGCUACGUCCCUGUGAACGGACGACUAUACGAGUUGGACGGACUUCGAGAGGGACCAAUUGACCUCGGUGCCUGCACCCAGGACGACUGGAUCAGUGCCGUUCGCCCAGUGAUUGAGAAAAGAAUACAGAAGUACAGCGAGGGAGAGAUCCGGUUCAACCUAAUGGCCAUCGUGUCGGACAGAAAGAUGAUCUACGAGAGGAAAAUCGCGGAGCUCCAGACUCAGCUCACCGAGGACGAGCCGAUGGACACAGACCAGAGCAGCACGUUCCUCAGCUCCAUCCAGUCCGAGAUCGCCAAGUACCAGCUCCUCAUUGACGAGGAGAAUCAGAAACUUAAAAGAUAUAAGAUUGAAAACAUUCGACGAAAGCACAACUACCUUCCUUUCAUCAUGGAGCUUCUGAAGACACUGGCAGAGUACCAGCAGCUAAUACCCCUGGUGGAGAAGGCAAAGGAGAAGCAGAGCGCCAAAAAGGCUCAGGAGGCCAAGUGAGCACGGACGCACUUCAUCAAGAGAAGCCUCUGGUUACACACCACACCGACACAUCCAGACCCCCCCUCCCACAGUCACUCUUUCAUCAGUGAGCCACACACUGAUACUGUAAAUCAUGCGUCAUAUUCAUAUUAGCGACCGUGGGUGGUCUGCGGCACUUCCUCACUGUGGCGUCCUGAGAACCGCACGGGCACGAAGAACCGAACUGCAGGUGUAGCAGAGAGACUCUCGGCAUCAACCCUCUCUCCAUGUGUGUCCCAUCCGCUCUACUGCAUGAUAGAAGGAAAGAUGUGCUGGAAUUACGUCCUGUCUUAUUUUCAUAAUAAAAUGUGUAGAUGUUUAAGAA